GUCUUGCCAAGCAGGAUCAAGAGAUCAUGCACGAAUGUCCUAGAAGUGGACAUAAGGCAAAGGCAAUAGACGAGUACGGAAAGAGGAAAAGUGAAAGUGCGAGGGCGGGGAGGGAAAGCGAGUAGAGGCAGCAUAGUGCCCUUCCAUAUACCAUAUGCAGGGUUGGACCAAUGUGACAACAACCAAGUCUGCAUCAUCCCAAGUGAAUUAUGCACCGGCUUUUAGUGAUAACCCUCUCGCUCCUCAUCUGCAUUGCAAAUGGGCUCGAGAUUCAACAGCACCGCGACAAGCGAGACACCUUGUUCCGCGAAGAGACGAGGAAGAUCUUGCCGACAUCCCGACCGGCAGAAAGACCGAUAACGAACGGCGGUUUGGAAUCGAGACCUCUGGGCCAUGACCUGGGAGCAGAACCUCAAUUCGUGGAGUCUCCUCGACGACGUCGACCGGUGAGACGGAGGCGACCUACAGCUGCUGUCGAACAGGGAACGAGGGAACCAUUUGCCAGACCUCUGGCACCGAUCGACAGCCCGAGUAUAUAUAGACCCGAGGUAUAUAACGACGUCCCCAAGAGGAGACCUGUAGUCGAGGAAUCUUAUCAGCAAUCCGAGUACAACGCCCGAAAACCCCCUCGAAUUCCUUCGGGACACGCCCCUUAUCAGGAACCGGCACCUCCAAGAUACGAAGAAGAGAAUAAGAUCCCCGGUGUACCCGGGAAAGACUACCCCACUUACCAUCAGGCCCCCGAGACCUCCUUCAACUGCGAAAAGGUCCCCGUUCUACCCGGGAUGUACGCAAACGUCGAGACCGGAUGCCAGGCCUAUCACAUCUGCGACGAUGGGAGAUACGGGCCACAGGGAGCGACGUUCCUCUGCAUAAACGGGACCGUCUUCAAUCAGGCCGCCUUCACCUGCGACUGGUGGUUCAACGUCAACUGCGCCGAGGCCACCAACCACUAUAAUCUGAAUGCAGAUCGACUCUAUAACCCCUUCUAUCGAAACGAAGAGCUGAAACGUCUUCAAGCCGAAGAAGGAGCCAAAUCGCAGUAUUACUAA